AUGCCUUCUUUCAUCUCCGUAAAAGGAAGAGGAUCAUAUCUAAAGGGAUGCAAUAUACGUCGAGGGCUACAAGUUAUAAAAUGUCAGAACUAUCAAGAUGAAGGGAGAUCCAUCGACAUGGUAGAUGAGAAUUUGAAAGUUCUAAAGGAGAGAAUAGAAAUGGUGAAGGUAAAGGAGAGAUUGGAAAGGUGUUGCAAAUGUCAACAAGGGUGGAAUUAUGGCCCAGUUUCUGAUCACAAAACCAAAAGAAACAAGGAUUUGUCCAGCUUAAUAGAGUUGACAGGUUUAGUUUGUGGGACUCUUGGUUUUACCUGCUUUGGUGGAACACUUCUUCUAUGCCUUGUUUCCAUGCUUGUUCAUCUCCAAUUAUGA